AUGCACGUUCACUCGAAGAUUGCUGCCGCCUCGGCGCUCAUUGCCGCAGUCAGCGCCCAGCAGGCUUGCACUCUCACGACCGAGACGCACCCUUCUCUGUCCUGGUCCCAGUGCGCGGCUGGCGGCUCUUGUACAACAAAGGCAGGAUCCGUCACCGUUGACGCUAACUGGCGAUGGACUCACGAUGUAAAGAGCAGCACCAACUGCUACUCCGGCAAUGAAUGGGACGCUACUCUGUGCCCUGAUGGCGAGACAUGUGCUAAGAACUGCUGUGUCGACGGUGCUGACUACAGUGGCACCUACGGUGUAACCACCAGUGGCAAUGCCUUGUCGCUCAAGUUUGUCACGGAUGGCCCAUACAGCAAGAACAUUGGCAGUCGUCUUUACUUGAUGGCCUCCGACACCAAAUACCAGACCUUUACUCUCCUUGGCAACGAGUUUACAUUUGAUGUUGAUGCUUCAAAGCUUGGAUGCGGACUGAACGGUGCAGUCUACUUCGUCUCCAUGGCUGAGGACGGUGGCUUGAGCGAGUUCCCUACCAACAAGGCUGGUGCCAAGUACGGCACUGGAUAUUGUGACUCCCAAUGCCCUAGCGAUGUUAAGUUCAUCAACGGAAAGGCCAAUUCCGAGGGCUGGGAGCCAGCUUCGAACGAUGCCAAUGCCGGAACCGGUGGUCUCGGCGCCUGCUGCUCGGAGAUGGAUAUCUGGGAGGCCAACAGCAUCUCUACAGCAUACACCCCCCACCCUUGCACCGACAUCGGCUACCACUCCUGCGAGGGUGAUGCUUGCGGCGGCACAUACUCUUCUGAUCGCUAUGCUGGUGACUGUGACCCUGAUGGCUGCGACUUCAACAGCUACCGCCAGGGCAACAAGACUUUUUACGGGCCCGGCUCUGGCUUCACCAUUGACAGCUCCAAGAAGGUUACCAUUGUAACACAGUUUCUCCAGGAAGGCGGUGAGCUCUCCGAGAUCAAGCGGUUCUAUGUCCAGAACGGCAAGGUCGUGCCGAACUCUGAGAGCACCAUUGCUGGGGUUUCUGGUAACUCCAUCACCGCAGACUACUGUUCCGCCCAGAAGACUGCCUUUGGCGACACCAACGACUUCGCCACCAAGGGCGGCCUGGCUCAGAUGGGCAAGGCUUUGGCUGAGCCUAUGGUUCUGGUCAUGUCUCUGUGGGAUGACCACGCUGCCAACAUGCUCUGGCUCGACUCGACCUACCCUGUCGACUCCACCGCUCCUGGUGCCGCUCGAGGAAGCUGCCCUACCACGUCAGGCGUCCCCGCCGAUGUUGAAGCCAACCAGGGCUCAUCCACGGUGGUCUACUCUAACAUUAAGUUUGGUCCUAUCGGCUCUACUUUCAGCAGCUCCGGUUCAGGUAAUGGCGGUUCGCCGACAACUACAACAACUGCCCCGAGCACCACCACGACCAGUGGAACCGGCGCCGGCGCCGCAAAAUAUGCUCAGUGUGGUGGCAUCGGCUGGACAGGGGCAACUACAUGCGUCAGCGGCGCGACUUGCACCAAGGUCAACGACUACUACUCCCAGUGUCUGUAG